UGGACAUAAAUGCAUGCGUUAAGAAGGGCUCAUCCUCCAUUGAUAUUUGGAAGGUGUAAUGAUUUGGCACAAUCUUUUUGCUAAGUUGUUCGCCUUGCCUAUCGACAUAAUACCACAAUGGCGCCUUCUCUUAUAGAUUCAUAUGGCUACAAGUUCCGCCAGACGGAGCUUCACAUGUCAGCCGAGCAACUUGACCCGCUGAAGCACAAAUUCGAUGAAGUGGGGUCAGAUGCUCUCACAGCUCUGGAUGGCAUGUUCCCUCCCCCGCCGCCUCGGGCUGGGUGGCACGCCAAGGGAAAGCAGGAACGUCCCCAGCCUGACCGCGAUACUUACGCCCUGCUUCGUGACCACCGCGAGAAGGAUGCGAGGCUCCUGAAGCUUUGGGACGAAGUCAACGCCGUGCCUGAGUGGGUAAACUGGGACCAGAUCAAGCGGGGGCAGGACGUCUUCUACCGCUAUGCGCCCGCUGCAGUCACUGGAUUUGCGUUUCAAGGAUUGCUCGCUACGACUGGAGCCUCCUACCGACCGGCGGAGACCUUGGUUCGCACUGGUGGCCAUUCCGCCAAAGUUGCCAAAAACAGACUUUUUGAGACAUUCCAGCUCCUUCUCCAGGUCACCAAAUCCCUCGAAGAUAUCAAGCCAGGAGGUGAAGGCUUCGCAUCAGCCGUUCGCGUCAGGCUACUUCAUGCCGCUGUACGAAGCCGAAUCCUCAAGCUCAACGCGCAGCGUCCCGGAUACUUUAACGUCGACAAAUACGGCGUCCCUAUCAACGAGCUCGACUCAAUGCAAUCUGUGUGCGCGUUCUCGACUAACCUAGUCUGGCUGGCUUUGCCGCGCCAGGGUAUUUAUGUCCGCCAGCAAGAAGCUUUGGAUUACCUUGCUCUAUGGCGAUGGGUCGGAUACAUCCUAGGAACUCCCCACUGGAUCUUGGAAACACCCGAGCGUGCACUAGCAUCUAUGGAGUCACUUCUGAAAGCCUGCCUUGCCCCAAGCAAGAACUCUCGAGCUUUGGCCAACAACUUGGUCAUUGCUUUGGACGGCGUUGCUCCUAUCCAUGAGCCAAAGGAGUUUUUCGAGGCUGGAACGCGCUUCAUCAACGGUGAUGAGAUGUGUGAUGACGUUGGGCUUGGGAAGCCCGGUCUGUACUGGGAUGCCGUUAUCAGAGGUAUCAUCUGGACUCUGAUGGUGAUCACUUAUAUGUCGCGUUCUAUCCCUGCCUGGGAUAGAUGGCAAAUCAAGACAUUUCGAGCUUUGUUCUGGGACUACAUCGUAGAAAACAAGGAUACCCUGAAGGGAGGGUACAAAUAUGAGUUCAAAUAUGUGCCGCACUAUGAUGCGAAGACUAGCGCCGAGACUGCAGAUGGGCCACGGUCAACGAACGGUAUUGGCCAUUUGGAAGUUCUUGGCCUUGUUGGGUUUUCCGUUGCCGUGUUGCUUGCGACCGGGCUCUUGACUAUAGUUACUAAGUUGGGAUUCUUGUACGGGGCCAACAAUCCUCUUCAGGCGAUCGUUGCAGAGAGUCCUCUUAAGCCUUGAUAAGAGAGUUUCAGAGUCGGUACAUGUGUUCACCCAACGGAAAAUUUGACUUCUGAAAUGAGGAUACAACGAUGAGGUAUUGUUCAUUUAGAAAUAUACAGUUCCUGGUCCCAGCCCACCCUCUACUUCCGCUCUCCCACUACCCCUCACUCCCACUCCCGUAUUAGACGGUUGUUCCGUGAGAGAUAGAGGAAUGGUAGUCACUCCUGGCAGGUGCUUCAUAGUUUCAUUUUUUAGGGCUUACCCGCUUCUCAGUUGUCUUAAAGUACCGUCAAUUUCAGGUCCUUGGGGGAGCCACAGCCAUCAUGCAUGCAUCACCUAUCUCAUCAGACGCCCAG